CUUCGAGCCACACACAGAGCCGAAUGGGCUGGAAGGACUUCCUCCGUGCCAGUAAGACCCAGGGCCAGCGGCUGGAGAAGCGCCUGCGCACUGCAGGGGCGCCAGAUUUGGCGGGAGGGGGAGUGUCCAAAAAGCCCUUUGUUUGAUGGCAUCUCUGUUUACAGAGUUUACUCUUUCAUCUCAACCUGUUUCCUCCUCCCCUCUCCCGCUCCUGAGAACUUUGCGGCGGAGGAGCUCCUCUUAAGCGGCAAGAAACGCCAAGCACCUCUUCCAGCAGCAUAAAGCCCUCUCCUCCCCCACCCGCCCACCUACUUUUCGCCUUGCCCUCAGUGACUAAUGCAAGGAUGGCCAGGAGACCUAGGCACAGCAUAUACAGCAGCGAUGAUGAGGAUGAAGACCUGGAGGUAUAUGAUCAUGAUUAUGAUGGUCUGCUGCCCAAGGGUGGAAAACGCCAUUUAGGGAAAACACGGUGGACCCGGGAAGAGGAUGAGAAGCUAAAGAAACUUGUGGAGCAGAAUGGCACAGAAGAUUGGAAAGUUAUUGCCAAUUUCCUUCCUAAUCGGACAGAUGUACAGUGCCAGCAUCGGUGGCAGAAGGUACUAAAUCCAGAACUUAUUAAGGGCCCGUGGACUAAAGAAGAAGAUCAGCGAGUGAUAGAGCUGGUGCAGAAAUAUGGUCCCAAGCGCUGGUCUGUCAUCGCUAAGCACUUGAAAGGAAGGAUCGGGAAACAAUGCAGAGAGCGAUGGCACAACCAUUUGAAUCCAGAAGUUAAAAAAACCUCCUGGACAGAGGAAGAAGAUAGAAUUAUUUACCAAGCACACAAGAGACUGGGAAACAGAUGGGCAGAAAUUGCAAAGUUGCUUCCUGGACGAACUGAUAAUGCUAUCAAGAACCACUGGAAUUCUACGAUGCGGCGAAAGGUUGAACAGGAAGGUUAUCUUCAGGAGUCUUCCAAAGUCAGCCAGCCUUCAGUAGCCACAAGUUUUCCAAAGAACAACCAUUUAAUGGGCUUUACCCACACCCCACCUUCUGUGCAGCUGCCAACCUCCACCCCGACCCCAGCCACCAGUGACUACUCCUAUUACCACAUUUCUGAGACACAGAAUGUCUCUUCUCAGAUCCCAUAUCCAGUAGCACUUCAUGUAAAUAUUGUUAAUGUUCCCCAGCCAGCUGCUGCAGCUAUUCAGAGACACUAUAAUGACGAAGACCCUGAGAAAGAAAAACGAAUAAAGGAAUUAGAGUUGCUACUAAUGUCGACUGAGAAUGAACUGAAAGGGCAACAGGCAUUACCAACACAGAACCACACGUCAGAUUACCCAGGAUGGCACAGCACCGCAAUUGCAGACAGUACCAGAACAAGUGGUAACAGUGCGCCCAUUUCCUCUUUGGGGGAGCAUCAUCAUUGUAUUCCAUCUCCACCAGUGGAUCAUGGCUGCUUGCCGGAAGAAAGUGCAUCCCCUGCAAGGUGCAUGAUUGUUCACCAGAGUAACUUCCUGGAUAAUGUUAAGAAUCUCUUAGAAUUUGCGGAAACGCUUCAGCUGAUAGAUUCCGAUCCUUCAUCAUGGGGUGAUCUCAGCAGUUUUGAAUUCUCUGAAGAAGCAGACACCUCGCCUAGCCGAGCUCCCUCUGCCAAAGCCCCACAGCUUCAGCAAACAGAGGCCAGUGCAUGUAGGCCUGAAGGACACCCUCUCUCAAACCUGAGCAAAGCCAUGUUGAGUCAGGAUUCCCUUGCCUUGCCCAAGUCCUUGGCUGGCUCAAAAUGUGGCACAGCUCCGUUGGUGUUUCUGCGCACAAAGAGAGGGCAUCCCAGCCACUUAGCCAGUGGCCAUAAGUCCUUCAUACUUGCUGAUGUCAGGAGCUCAACUCCUAAGCGCUCCCCUGUCAAAAGCCUGCCAUUCUCUCCCUCGCAGUUCUUGAACACCUCAUCAAGCCAAGAAAGCCUGGACCUGGACAAUCCAACUUUAACUUCCACUCCCCUCUGUGCUCAUAAACUCACUGUUACAGCACCUCUUCACAGAGACCAAGCAUUUAAGAUACAGAAGGAGAAUAAUAUCUUCAGAACUCCAGCUAUCAAAAGAUCAAUAUUGGAGAGCUCUCCAAGAACACCAACUCCAUUUAAAAAUGCACUCGCAGCUCAAGAAUUCAAAUAUGGACCCUUGAAAAUGCUGCCUCAGACACCAGCUCACCUUGUAGACGAUCUGCAAGAUGUUAUCAAACAAGAGUCUGAUGAAACUGACAUUGCUUCUGGCAUAUGUGAAAAUGGAUCCCCUUUGUUGAAGAAAAUCAAACAGGAGGUAGAGUCUCCAACAGGCAAGGCAGGAAACUUCUUUUCCUCAAACCAUUGGGAAGGGGAAGGGCUGAACACACAGCUGUUCACACAUGUGUCCACUGUGGAAGAUGUGCCGAAUCUACUUACCAGUUCUGGUUUAAAGAUGCCUGCAUCAGAAGAAGAGGACAAUACUCAUAAAUUAUUUGCAUUACAGAGAAAUAGGUCAUCAGUUAGCCCACUUCAGCAUUUUAGCAACACAUGGGAUUCAGCAUUUUGUGGGAAGACAGAGGAUCAGCUGAGCUUCUCGGAUCCUGCACGCAAGCAUAUGAACGCAUUCUCGACUCGAACUCUGGUCAUGUGAAAAAGAGUCUUCCAAUAAGCAUUAUGUUUUCUUUUCAAAACACUUUCCCACUUGAUUUGGACUUACCGUUCCUCUACAUGGGAGAAAAACCUUUUUCGUUGUUGUUGUUGUUGUUGUUGUUGUUGUGGUACAACAUUUGGGAGCAGCACAAAGUGCAUUCAGUCACAAAAGCAUCUAUGUGUAUAUAUUGUUCAUGUUGGAUCUCACCCAACUUAAAAAAAGAAAAGGAAGAAAAUAAUUCUGUUUGUUGAUGAUGCUUACCUAAACUCUUAGGUAUUGGAUUUUAUGCAAUUAAUUAUUAAUAAUGUGAAUGCCGAUUUCUUUCUUUUUUAAAAAGUGAUUUUUAAAUGAUUUUAUAUAUAUAUAUAUUAAAAAAAAAACUUUUUGGGAGAUCAAAUGGACCAGUAUUAAUUCAGUGAGGAGUUGCCACAUGAGUUCCCAUACCAGUGAGGAUGCUUGCUGAGGUUUCCUUUUUUCUUUGAGGAGCUGGCACUCCAUCAGUAGCACCAGUCACUGAACAAAUGUCUCGGUAUGAAAUACUGCAAGAAAAGCAUUACUGCAAAUGCUGAUCUAAAGGUGUAGGCUGGGGGCCAAUCCAGACUGGCAAUGGUCACACAGCUAUACUGUUUGAAGAACUGUUCCACUCAUUAGAACUGUAGACUGUUUACGUGUGUAUGUUGUUGUUUUUUAAUUAGCUUGCUUUUAAAAAAAUUAUUACGGUAUGAAACAUAGUUUUAUGAGAACAAAUUAUAUUUUUUAUCCAGUAAUUUAAUUUUGUAAAUGUCAAAUGGGUUUUGUUCUAUUUUUGGUUUGGUUGGUUUUUGUUUUGCGGGGGGGGGGGUUGAUUUUUUUCUGGUGAAGAUUUACACCAUGUAGAUGGGCAAGGCCAUAGAGCUUUAUAAACGAAAGAGAAACCUGAGGUGGGGGGGUAGCUAACUUAACUAUGCACUAGCAUUUCUGACUUUGGAAACAUUACUGCUUUUUAACCCCCUACCUGGCCCUCCCUUUUUUUUUUUUUUUUUGCAAGCAAUACUUUAAAACACUGUUCUUGGGAGAUUUUAUGUGCCUAUAUGUGUGCUCAUGGGUUUGCAACAACAUAGAAUGCAAACUCCAGCUAUUUGGGAGAUCCUAGUCUUGCUUGCUGCUUCUACUCUUGUUUCACGUGUAGUCUAAAUAGUCCCUAACAUGGAUUCCAUACACAAAAACAUUUUUUUUAAAAAAAAUGUAUGUCUUUUGGACUGCCAUAUCAAACUAUUCCCAGUACUAAGAGAAGGUUGCUUCUUUUUCUUAUAAUGGAUUCUGAAUUUGCUGCCUUAAUAGAAUUAGGUGCAGCUUUUCCUGCACUUAACUUUUUAUAAGACACUGUACUUACUGCCUUGUAGAUAAAUAAAGCGUGCCGUUUUGUAAAAACCUA